GAAACAGAGAAUUUGGGAGAAAGGAGGAGAUGGCGAGCGAAGAAGAAAGAGCUGAGAGACUCCGUCGCCGCUCUCAACGAAGCACUUGCUUCUGAUCCUUCCAAUUCCGAACUUCGCUCCGUUCGGGAGGAGCUAGUGCGGUUGAUCAAAGAUGCGGAGGAUGGGCUUCUUCACCUGAAACGCGCACGGUUGUUGAAGGAAUUGGACGUGGCAGGUGCACUUCCGAGCUCCAAUGGGUCGGCUAGUAUGUCAAAGUAGAGCGUAUCGACAUUGACGCCAUUACGGAUGGUGGAGUGGAAUCACUGGAGGAGGAAGAAGAUAGUGAUGAUGGGAGCUCUGCUAGGCUUGAUCCUGAAGCUAUAUCCCUAUUUCAGUACGCACUAGCGAGCGAGGAAGAAGAUAGUGAUGAUACAAGUGCAGAACAAUCGGAGUCCAGUGAUUAUGAACAAGAAGAAAGCGCCGAAGGUCUAGGAUUUCUUGGAAGCACCAACCAGCAAAGAGGCAUUCAAACCGAGACCGCCAUAUUUGCCAAGUGGGAGAAUCACACUAGGGGCAUAGCUUCCAAGAUGAUGGCAAAUAUGGGGUAUUGUGAAGGACUGGGUUUAGAAGCAUCAGGGCAGGGAAUGGCGAAUCCAAUGCCCGUGAAGGUCCUUCCAGAUAAGCAAUCUCUCGAACAUGUUCUGGAAUCUCAGAAACGUGAAGAGGCCGGCAAUGGAAAGCAAGCAAAAAAGCGGAGCAGAGGUGGGAAGAGAAAACGUGAUAAGAAGUUUGCUGCGCCAGUUAGAGCAGCCAAAUCUGCAAAGGAACUAAGGAAGAUGAAGAAACUCGUCCAGAUAUGUAUAGUUUCAUCAAGGACCAACUAGCUGUGAGUGAUGGGUCGGCAACCAAUAAGCAGCAAAAAACCAGUUCGGGCGAGAGGAAAGUGGGCAGGCGGGCUCUGGACCUCUGUUAGCUUAUGAAGAUGAGGUGAAGGAGUUGUCAAUUUGUGUCGAAAGGCUGGUGGAUAUGGCGAUUAGAAACAAGAAGGAGAAGUUAGUCUACGAAGCUGCCAUGAGGAAGUUAAAGGAAGCUCGAAAGCUUUGGAAGAUGCCGAGGCUACUCAUGCUUCUGCCACCAAUGCCGUGGUUAGCAAAGAGAAGGAGAAGAAGUGGCUCAAGUUUUAAACAGGGCAUUGUUUGGUUCAUUUAUCUUCUACCCAAAAUGUGACAGAAAAUUUAUCGUACAUGAUGUUCAAUUCAAAAGUGGCAUUAACACAAAAACUCACUAUCAGUCUGUCACUAUCUCCUGUGGUCUCUAAUGAAAUUUGUUGUCUUGGUAGCAAUAACUGUGGAAGUGAAGUGCGCUCCGGCCAAACAUAGUCCUGCAGACACCAACAGAAAGGCCUUCCACUGCCGUUGAGACGCCAGAAUAGCCAACGCCACUAGAGCAAGAGCUGCACCAGUGAGCACAUUCCUCGCAGCAUUGAAAGUCCUGAAAGCACCCAAGCAUUCCUUGCAGUGGACGACAUGCCUGAAGUACCGAUUCGUCAGGUUCGGUGCGUGCAUCUCCAUGAUCCCUCCCUUCGCCGGCGGAGAAGCAGCUGCGGCAGCUACAAAGCCGGCUGGCGCUUGUUCCACAACAGCAGGGACUUGCGGCAGAGAAAUCGUGCUGUGCCCUAAAUGGUAAGGCAUUCCAUGCCCAACUUUAUCCAUCCAUUUCCGGUACUCGAGCACCCAUGUAUCCGAAGAUCUCAAGUUUAUGUAGAGCUUCUUGGUGGGAACUUUUUCCUUCAUCAGAACUUCAUUCUGCGACGACAGAAACCCCAUGUCCUGUUCGAAUAUCUUGCAGGAGACCUUGUGUAUGAACCAUUUGGGUAUCCAUUUCGCCAGUUUCAAACCUCUGGUCGAGCCGAACUGAACGAUGACCAUCGACUUGCCUUGCCCCGCCGGUCUACAGAGAAACAAUCCAGUUCCAUAAUGUUUCUCCCCAUUCUCACCCGUAAAUUCUCUUACAUUUGACAGGACACAAGGAGCUUGAAACCGCAGGAAGCUCGUCAGCCCAUCUGCUUCCCUCCCCCAGUGCCCUGCAAACCCUCGAUCAGACCGCUCAGUAACCUCGAACAGAAGCGGCUGAGCCUCCUCCCUUUUAGCCGAGGUGUCAGUCCGGUCAUGGGAGAUCGGGAUAUGGGCAGGGUCCAUCAAGUUCUCCAGCAGAAUGGAGUGAUCGUAAGGAAGCUCGUGGAUGGUCGAAAUCGCCUCGUACCCUGGUUUCGCCACCGAUUCGAACCAAGGCAGCUUCUUCAUGUUCGGCGGCGUUUUCGUCGACAUCCACACCCACAAGAUCCCUUGGGAGUCUCUGAUCUCGUACGAUCUGACGCAGGCCGAUUUGGGGAUCUUGCUCUCUGCAGGUAGCUGAGGUAUCUUCACGCAUUUGCCUUCUUCCCCUUCGAAUUGCCACCCGUGAUACAGACACUCCAGCUUCCCAUCCGUAAUCUGCCCUUCUGAGAGCUUCGCCAAUCUGUGUGGGCAGCGAUCUUCGUAACAUCGGAACUGGCCUUCUCCGUCUCUGUACACCACAACCUGCUUAUCGAAAACAGUGAGCCCCAACGGAGCGUCAUCGGGGACCUCCCCGGCGAGGUAAAGCGGGUACCAUUCCUCCGUCCAGUCGUAAUCCGCCACCGCCACUCUCUCCUCGCCCCGUCUCUCUUCGAUGGACGGAUCCCCGAAUAGCACUCCGUCGUCGUCGGAAUUUUGGUCAAUUGCAGAAGGAUGUGAGGUGGUGACUGCAUGGCAGUUGCCACGGCGGCUGCGACGGAAGUUGAGCUGGGUGAGGAAGUGGGACUUGCCGGAGUUGUUGGUGGCGAUCGCGGCGGCCAUCGGAGGAGGAGGAGGCGAGAGAUUGGUGGUAGUGGGUCGGGUGCGGGAGAGGAAUGGGUGGAUAAGAGAUGAUGAGGAAGAAGAUAGCGCCAUGGCGCCGUCCAUCAGCUAAGCUAAGCUCAGCUAGGAGCAGCAGUUGGCAAUGGAGGGAAGGGUGGAAGAAGGAGUGAGUGAAGAUUGGUGAUGGAGAGGUGGAAGCACUUUUCUUCUGUGUCUUGGGUUGAGCUUGAGGGACACGUCUACAGUGGUCGCGUCCCGCAAGCUCACCGUUCGCCCCUCUCGUUCCGGCUCUCACCGUCGGCCAGCUGGAACGACGAUUGCCGUCAGACUCUCUAGCAGCUGUCGGCGGGAACCUUCCUCCGUUGCAAGCAAGCUUAUCUCUCUGGUUAGGAAUUCCUCAGAGAGAGAGAGAGAGAGAGAGAUGAAGAUAGCAGUGGAAGGUUGUAUGCAUGGUGAUCUGGACACAGUCUACCAGACAAUCCAGCACCUGGAGAAGUUGCACGAUAUCAAAAUCGACCUUCUCCUCUGCUGUGGCGACUUCCAGGCAAUUAGGAACGAGAGGGAUAUGCAAAGCCUGAAUGUGCUGCCCAAAUACAAGGAAAUGAAGUCUUUCUGGAAGUACUAUUCCGGCCAGGAGGUUGCUCCCAUUCCGACCAUUUUCAUCGGUGGCAAUCAUGAAGCUUCCAAUUAUUUGUGGGAACUAUAUUAUGGAGGAUGGGCAGCUCCUAAUAUAUUCUUCUUGGGAUGUGCUGGAGUGGUCAAGUUCGGUAACAUUCGUAUCGGUGGGCUUUCUGGGAUUUACAAUGCCGGAGACUAUCAUCGAGGGCAUUAUGAAAGACCUCCUUAUAACGAAAAAACUAUAAGAUCGGUGUAUCAUGUUCGUGAAUACGAUGUACACAAGCUCAUGCAAGUUGCAGAACCCAUUGACAUCUUCCUUUCGCAUGAUUGGCCUCUUGGCAUCACUGAUUGUGGUAACUGGCAGCAACUUGUUCGGUUCAAACCAGGCCUAGAAAAAGAUAUUCAGGCAGGAACCCUUGGAAACAGAGCUGCUGCUGAACUGCUUGAAAAGUUGAAACCCUCAUAUUGGUUUUCAGCUCACUUGCACUGCAAAUUUUCUGCCCUUGUCGAUCAUGGGAAAGAUGGCCGAAAGACGAAAUUUCUCGCGCUCGAUAAAUGUCUACCCCAGAGAAGGUUCUUACAGAUUUUAGAAAUAGAGUCAGAAUGCGGACCUUUUGAGAUCCACUACGAUGAAGAAUGGCUAGCAAUAACCAGGAAGUUUAACUCUAUCUUUCCAUUGACAAACAAAAAUGCAAACUUCAGGGAUACAAUCCCAGAUAUCCGAGAUUGUCGUGAAUUGGUCAGGAGCAAGCUAGAAGCUAGAGGAGCCAAACCUUUUGAAUUUGCACGAACUGUUCCUGCUUACGAUCCCAACCAAUCUCAAUCAAAGGGCUCCUACCAGCGGGGUGAAUGCCCUAGGAAUCCUCAAACAGAGUCCUUCUUGCAGCUUUUGGAGCUUCCAUAUCUGCUAGACCAAGGAACCGCACUAACAGCGACGGCUGCUUGUGAUAUGCCUAGCCUAUCCAUCAAGUGAGAUACUGAAGAAAUACCAAUAGACGACAUUGAUGAAACAGAAGGUGAUGAGACCGAGCAGCAGCUUCAUUGAUGUAGAGCAGCCAGAAGGAGUGGCUACAAGAAAAGGUCAGCAGCAGCAGCAGUUUUGGGUGAAACACAUUAUGGAUCUACUGUAGUAUUCCCCCCAUUUUCGAACAGCUGGUUAAACUUCAUCCCUGAUUUUACUGUGGAAAAGCUCCUGCUGCUAACUUAAAUAGGGUUUUGAAUUUGACUGUCUGCAGCAGGAAACUGGGUGGGUCUGGUCAUGGGUGGAUAUAAUGUUUAUGUACUCACUCCACGUAAGAAUUUACUACGACAGGUGUGUUCAAAUUUAAGUGGCCCUCAACAGCUGGAUCAAGCCAACUUUAUUUGUACUCCAUUCUCAUUUUUUCUACAAGGUUAAAGCUUUGCAUGUUGUCAGAAUCGAACCGGAGCAUGACCCGGUAAUGUGAACGGCUAGCAUUUUAGUGGUCCAACCGGCAAUAUACUAUUUAAAAAUUGUUAGAGAACCGGUACCUAAUAAACGUUAUCAGUAUAAAUAGUGGACAUUUCUUAAUCAGAGCUCAUAUCUUUCCUUCGAAAUUGUGAAAUGGAAAUAAGGAUUCAGUUUGAGAGCCCAACGUUUUUUAUUUAUUUCAAUUUUCAAUUUUCUUCAAUUUUUUAAUUAAAUUU